AUGAAGUUCUCCCUCGCUGCUAGCACUCUUGGCCUUGCUGCCCUCGCUCUUGCUGCUCCAGCCGACGUUGAGGGCCGCAGUUGGGGGGGUAGCAGCUCACCGCCACCCAGCGGCAACAAUCAAAACUGCGGAAAUUCUCAACAGGCAGUCUGCUGUGACGGUAAAAACAACUGCUACGUCGCCCAGGCUGGUGGAAAAGAAAACUCCGGCAGCGUCAGCUGCGCCAACAGCCAGAGCGCCACCAUCAAGUGCUGCCAGACUAACUCUUCUCCCGGCUCACUUAUCAAUGUCGACCUCCUCAACUGUAAUGAGAUUCCCGUCGAUAUUCUGGGCGGGGGUAUCUUAUCCUAG